GAAGAUGCAACUGGGCUUUUAGGAUAUUGUUUUUAUUAGCAUUAAGCUAUUACACGAUUAGAUUAGUCCAUGUUUAAGUCGAAAUCAACGGAAAACAAAUCCGAGCUGGUAUUUUGAACUACACGACUUCCCGUAGCUCGUCCUGUUGUCCACCACUUCCUGUCUUAUUCUUAAUCUGUUUGUAGUAGUAAACAAUUAGCUAUCUUGCGUUUGCUACAAUGUAUCAACGCUCAGUGAGCACGACUGUUAUGUGGAGGUUGCGUAUUAUCGAUUAAAACCCAGUUUUGUAUUUUAAUAUACAAUAACACACUGGAUUAGAUAUUUCACGCCGAUUUGUGAAUGUAAACAGUAUACCUUCGUCAUCUACCGUGGUCUAGCUGCUAUACAGUAGCUAUCGUCGCUGAACUCGACUCCUGCUCUUCGUUAACAGACGUAACUAGACAUUCGCGAUGAAUUGUCGCUCGGAAGUUCUUGAAGUAACUGUGGAGGCGAGACAGGUUGAAGAAGCUAUGUUAGCUUUGCUGCACACAAUUUUGCUGCACCGGAGCACCGGGAAAUUUCACUACAAAAAGGAAGGCACCUACUCCAUCGGCACUGUGGGCACACAGGACAUCGACUGUGACUUCAUAGAUUUCACCUUUGUCAGGGUGUCCUCAGAGGAGCUGGACAGGAUGAUCAGGAAAGCGGUGUCUGAAUUCAAGGAUGCUUUGAGCAACUCGGGCAGCGACGGCAUGGGACAGAUCUCCCUGGAGUUCUACCAGAAAAAGAAGUCUCGCUGGCCUUUUUCUGACGAGUGCAUUCCUUGGGAAGUGUGGAGCAUCAAGGUGAAUGUGGUCAACCUGGCCAAUGAGCAGGAGAGACAGAUCUGCAGGGAGAAAGUGGGUGAGAAGCUGGGUGAGAAGGUGAUCAACGUCGUUGAGGUCAUAAAUCGCCACGAAUACCUGCCAAAGAUGCCCACCCAGUCAGAAGUGGACAAUGUGUUUGACACCACUCUUAAAGAUGUUCAGCCAUACCUUUACAAAAUCACAUACCAGAUCACUGACUCACUGGGCACUUCUGUUAGCACCACUAUGAGAAGGCUGAUUAAGGAUACACUAGCAUUGUGAGAGAAAAUAUUUAUGGUGUGGAUCUUUCAUAUGUUUAUGGUCCUGCUGUCAUUUCUUUUCUAUGUUUUGUCAGCUAUACAGCGGAACAAUGAGGCAGUGUCAGUAUAAUGGUGUUCUAAUGUCUUUGUUGUGCUUCUGGUAUCAUUUGUACCUUAAGAGACUGAAUUAUGUAAUCUUCAUUUUAACAAUCUCUUGCUUGUGCAAGCUUUCCCUUUUCUCUCAUACACACUAGCAAAUAACCGUGUUUAUCAGUUUGGUUCCUUAAAAUGUUCUCUUCUUGAUAAUGUCAUCAGUGCAUUACUGUAAAUUUUGAAUAACAAUAAAUGUUUACUUUAAUUACAGCCACAGCUCUUGACGCAAAACAUUGCUUCCAUAUUAUCACGCUGGAUCAGUGUAAAACGUUUUAUGCAAAAGAUCUGGCAGAGUUUGGGAACAGAUUUCCUCAUCUGUGUGAAAACUUCCUCUCUGCACAGUUUCAUGGAGAGUAUGACCUUCCACAUGGGGAAGGACAGGAUUUCCAGUUUGCCACUUUUCCAAAUUAAAGCAAACACUUCCUAAGUUCACUCCCUUGUUUCCAGCCAGAAACUGCCACCACGGCCUGCACUUUGAAAAACAUCCCUCUGUUUUCAGGAUAGUCUGCUUGCCAAGAGGAAAACAACAUGUGUGUGAAUACAUUAGGUCAACAUGUACAUUGGGUAUAAUUAUCUGCUCUCUAGUUUGAGGGGACAAGGUGUAGAACAUAUUCAAAAGCAUUAAUCACUGAAUCCCUGUACAGUACUGUGAAAGUAUUUGGCCUCAGUUUUUAAAUGAUGAUUUCAUUUAUUAAGGGGAAAAAAUCAACAUACCUGGUCCCAUGUGAAAGAGUAAUUGCUCCUUCUUGCCUCAUAUUGAAUCAAUUAACUGUAAUUAGCCACAUUUUUGGGAAAAGUGAGUUCAACUUCAGUGUCCACACCCGGGUCUGUUCAAUCUAGAAAUCACUGGAAGAUUUGCAUCCGUUACGUCUUCCAUAAAACAAACACAGUAUUUCAUAAAAAGAACAUCACACCAACAGUCAAACAUGGUGGUAGUGUGAUGGUCUGAGGUUGCAUUAGUGCUUCAGGACUUUGAUACCUUGCCAUGAAUUUGUGUUCUGCAAGCUUAAGCACAAGUGGGUUAUCAAGCUGGAAAAAGAUCCAAAAAACGUCAACAAGUCUGAAAAAAAUAAAAAAUCUUGCUGUUCAUGCUCAUAACCAAUCCAGUGUGGCUGAAAUAAAACAAUUCUGCAAAGAAGUGUCAAAAAUUCCUCCAUAGUGAUGUGAAGAACUCAUCAAAAGUCACGGCAAACAUUUGGUUGCAGUUCCUGCCACCAAGGGUGGCACAACCAGUUAUUAGUUUAGGAAGCAAUUAUUUUUUUCACACAGUGACAGGUAGGUUUGGAUAGCUUUUUUUUUAAAGCAUUACAAAUAUCACUUAAAUACAUUUUGUAUUUACUCAGACUGUCUUUGUCUAAUAUUCAAAAUUGUUUGAUGAUCUCAAAAUCUUGUAAAUGCGACAUAUGUUAGAAACUAAAAUCAGGAAAGGGCCACCUACUUGCUUUUAAGUUGAGGUUUUGUGCAGUAAAUAAAUAUCAGAAUUCCCAACUUCAUUGCGUUGGUAAUGCUGAAAGUACUGCAGUGAUGAGCGGAUCAAUCAGUCAGCCAGUUGGCAGACAAGUAAUUUGCAAUACCUAUGAGUUUUCUCAAACAUUUCCACUCUUGGCUUGUCAAAUGGCAAAACAACGACUUGUGCUCUAGUUUUGUAGCAUUUGACUGAAUCUGAGCAGAGAAUAUAGCCCUCUACACGUCUGUCAGCAGUCACAAUAAACACUAGUGAUGUGGUUCUACUGGCAGCCAUAUAUACCCCUGCCACAACAUAUGUUUGACAGGUUAUGUGGUAUGUUUCAGAUCAAGAGCUGUUUUUCAUCUUCCCAUUAUAUUUCUAUUCCCAUCAUUUUGCUCCACGAUAAUCUCAUGAGUCCAAAGAAUUUUUUUUUAUUUUGUUUUUUUUAGAAGUCUGCAAGAACUUUCGCAUGUUUUCUGACAAAGUUAAUCCGGCCUUCCUAGUCUUGAGUGUACUUUGACAAAGAUACGCACACCUUCUCAAGAGUUUUCCAGACUUGGUUAGAUGUGAAGAAGUUUUUCCAAAGUGAGAAAAACAAAACCUCUGUGAUUACCCCUUCAGUAGUCUUCUUGGCCUUUUGGUGUUGCUGAGCUGAACAGUGCAUUCCUUCUCUAAAGUUUUGCUCUUUCUGAAAGUUUUCUUUUUGUUUGAUUGUUUUGUCAGCCUAAUGCUCUUUCACUUGGUCCUAACAGUGAGAGUUCCACUUAACAACUACUAAAUGCAAGGUCAUCACAGAUCAGCUUAGCCAUGGAAUAAAGAGGGAACAGGCCUUACCUGGUCAUCAACUGCUUGUCAACAGUCUAAUUAUUUUGAAAACAAUUUUAAAGCAGUGCUACAUAUAAUUCAAAAUCAGUUAAUGCUUUUGUUAAAACCUUUAAAUUAAAGUCUGCAUUAGUCACAUUGCAGCCAUUUGAUUUGAUAUUCACUGGGGAGGUGUACAAAGGUAAAAAAUUAUGUACAAGCAUUUGGACAACAGCACAAGUAUUUGGAAUCCACCUUUUUACACAUUAUUCUAUCCAUUUAAUUACUUAAUCUACCUAGCAGCAAUAUGUAGCCAAUUUAUGAAGGCCAAUUAGACUAACACGAAUGAAAAUGUAACCCAAAAUCUUUUGAUCCACCGUGAAACACUCAAAGUUGUUAAGUUCAUAAAUCCAACACCAAAUGAUCAUUUAUAUAUGUAUAUAAUAUAUAUAUAUACUCCAUUGUUACUCUUUAUUACAGAAGUGAAGCACAAAACUGUAGAAAAACCUAAACACAAAACAGCUGCAAGUCUCAAAAAGCAACAGCGAUGCAACCAAUGUUGAUACAAAUAUUCAUUAUUGCAGUGAGAGCACAGGAAUACUAAAAAGAUCAAACUCUUGUUUACUAACAAAAUCGGUA